AUGCUUCUCGCCCGCUCUCUUUCAAUUUUCCAUUCCCCUCCUAAACAGUCAAAUCGGUUAUUUGAUUCCAACACCUACCUUGCUCUGGCGACAGAAGGCUGUGGGAACCAAACCACCAUCAUGGCCGAAGCUUCACUCAUCUUCCCAAUGAGCUGUCUCGCCCUCUCGCUCCUUUUCGUCGUGCUGUUCUAUAACGCGUCGAUCCAACAAUAUGCGAGGGCCUUGAACCACAACGCGAUCCUUCCCACCUAUGAAUGGAUCAAACGUAAGCUCAGCCGAACCGAUGAUUCUGCUCUCGCAUCCGAGCCAGUAUAUGAGGUGAUCACGCCCGAUGAAUAUCACGAAGAUUCCAGCGAGAAACAUGAAGAUCUCAACCAGAAGCACGAGGAGCUGCCGUCUGAACCCGAGCGACCUUGGUUCUUCCCACGCUCGCAAUCUCGGUAUCGUGAAUCCUCAACCGCAUCGCAUGGCAGCCCUUCUCCGGAUGUCCAAAGCCACCAGACCAAUCGUUAUCCUGACACUGAGAUCUCCCACAACUCGAACUUGGCGACUCACGGCGAACGCGAAUCCGAUAUCGACGACAGCAGGUCCGAAUCUCCAUCUUUCUCUGAGUUCACAGUUGACUCCGAUGAUGAUUGGGACGAUGAUUCGGAAGCCUCAUUUGAGUCCGGAUCCAUGGGUUCCGACACGGCCGAAGAUCUCUAUCGUGUUCCUCAGGUUUGGCGCCACGAGCUGGAGCAGCCGCUGUAUCUCAGCAACGGUGGCCCAACGGCCAUUCUGGACCAAGUCGUUAACUGGACUGCGCUGGCUACGUAUGCCGUCGUUGCUCCCCCUGAUGUCGUGGAUGCUAUUAAUGAGCGGUACAACCGGCCCCGAAAUUUGGUAGCAUAG